AUGAAUAAAAAGGAGUCUACUCUUGUCUCUCGUGGGCCUGAGGCCAGUGAUGGGGAACGGCCAUCCAUAUCUAUUAGAACCGACGUUCUGUCUACCCAGCAGCAGACAUCAAACACGAGCAAAACAGACAGACCGGCAAAAGCAGGCAUGCUUACACCACCUUCAUCACCACCACAACGGGUUGGACCCUCAGCUGACUCAACCGUCGAUUACGAAUCACUUGAUACAUUAAGGUCGUCCGUUGAUACAGAACGAACAUUUAAGUACACCAACGACGGGAUUAUCUCCUGUCCAUAUGAGGUCGUGUAUAUCAAGGACCAGAACGACAAGCGACAAAUGUUCGGCUAUGGUGCUUGGAGCAAUGUUUACAAAGCAAAGUGCCACAUUUCAGCUCCGUUAUCGAACGGUGUGAUGACACCACCGUCUGCAUCUGUACCAACACCACCAUUACUCGUUGCAGUCAAAUCUCCGGCACGAAAGGACGGUGUAGCCAUCAUACGCAACGAAGCACAGACAUUGAGCAGACUACGACUAUUAGACCUGAACGAGGAGUAUGUUGUUACUUUUCACGGUAUCAUCGAUCAGGAAUCCGCGCUGGUCCUCACUGCUUUCCCCUUGUCACUAGAAGAGCAUAUCAGAGCAUGUGCCAGGGCUGCCCAGACCUCUACAGCAUCAAAUUACUCGACUUCACCUGUCAUCGGCACCGCAAGGCUAUGGCUGAACCUGGCAGAAAAGCUUAUCACUGCAUUAGACUGGAUGCAUAACGAGGCAGCUAUGAUCCACGGUGAUAUUAAACCCGGAAACAUCGUGCUUCGACCAAAGUCGGACCUGAAUGAUGCAGAAAACAUAUUCUCAUACGAUCCCUUAUUCAUCGAUUUCUCAUCAAGUCAACGACUCGACGUUGACGAUGUAACACCAAACACACUCUCAGCUGUGACUAUGGAAUACACAGCUCCAGAAUUGUUGACGAGCGCUGUCAUGAAAAACCCAAAAUCAUGCGCAACAACGGCGUCCGACGUCUUCUCACUGGCUGUUACGUUAUUGGUCGCUGCGACAGGCGAUCCGAUGGUCUAUACUGGUUGCUCGUCUAUGCAACGUCAAAUGCUUGCAACACAAGGUCAUGGUGUACUAAGCAACAUACGAUCGUUCAGCAAUAAAGUCCCCAGACACGGCGUUGUGGAUCGUGUGCUCGAACGAGCUGUACUUAAGAAGGAUAUGGGACGGAUCAGUGCAGGGACUUGGAAAGUGCUACUGGGUAACUUGAAGAAGGAUUUGGAGGGUCAACACAAGUUGUAA